AGGUGGAACGGGAGAGUUCGAGCGAAACGCUGGCGAAUAAGAAGCGAACUUCUAGCCUACACGCCCCUUUUCGUUACUUCACAGCUCUGUUAUCCGUUUAGGAAGCAUUCCUGCCACAAAACUCCUAAGAAUGCAGCGCUGAGGUUGAUAAUGUUUAAUCUGUAAACAGUAAAAGGCGCUUUAGCUACAGCGCUCUCUCCCUCUGUCUCUCUCUCUCUCCCUCUCUCUCUCUCUGUUUCAGCAAUGGCGAGUGCAGCAGCAGCAGCAGCAGCAGCUCCAGCGCGCUCCGCAGCAGCCGCGCGCGCGCCACGUCUCGAGGGUGAAGAGGAGGACCUCACAUGCAAUGAUGUGUCCAACAGCAUCCCCAGUUUUAAGGCUGCAGACACAGUGGUCCAGCUGACUGAGACUCAAAAGCCCAAACCAAAGUUGGAGGGGCUGCAGUUUGGCACCGUGUUCACUGACCACAUGCUGGUCAUUGAGUGGAGCAGCGAAGGAGGAUGGGGAAAACCUCACAUUCAGCCCUUUGGAAACCUGAGCGUCCAUCCUGCCUGCUCGGCCCUGCACUACGCUGUGCAGCUGUUUGAAGGCUUGAAGGCGUACCGGGGACAGGACAACAGAGUGCGCCUCUUUAGGCCCAUGCUGAACAUGAAGCGCAUGCUGAAGUCUGCUCGCCGAGCCUGUCUACCUGGUUUUGAUGGUGCUGAGUUACUGGAGUGCAUCAGGAAGCUGUUAGAAGUGGAUCAGGAGUGGGUUCCUCAGUCUGAUUCCGCUAGUCUUUAUAUUCGCCCCACUUAUGUGGGGAACGAGCCGUCACUAGGUGUGAAGAAGCCCUCGUGCGCUUUGCUGUUUGUGAUCCUCAGUCCUGUCGGCUCAUACUUCAGCACAGGAACCAAACCUGUGUCCCUGUGGGCCGACUCCAAAUACAUCAGGGCCUGGAGAGGAGGAACAGGAGACUGCAAAAUGGGAGGGAACUAUGGUGCUUCUAUUUAUGCCCAGUAUGAGGCAGUGGAUUACGGAUGCCAGCAAGUGCUGUGGCUGUACGGGGAUGACCAUCAAAUCACGGAGGUCGGCACAAUGAACCUGUUUCUUUACUGGGUCAAUGAGGAAGGAGAGGAAGAACUUGCUACACCUCCUCUGGAUGGGAUCAUACUACCGGGCAUUACACGGCAGAGCAUCCUGGAGCUUGCACGCAAAUGGGGGGAAUUUAAAGUGUCAGAGCGGUACUUGACCAUGGCUGAUCUGCGCCUGGCUCUGAAGGAGAACCGGUUGAAGGAGAUGUUUGGCUCAGGGACAGCAUGUGUGGUCAGUCCGGUGGGCAGGGUGCUGUACCAGGGAGAGAACCUUGAAAUUCCCUGUGAGGUUAACUGCUCAACGCUUGUCUCUAGACUGCAAAAGGAGCUCACGGACAUCCAGUAUGGGCGGACUCCAAGCGACUGGGCCAUCCUUGUGUAGACGAGCCUUGAUGUUUUAGAGACUCGAUGAACCAACAUAGACUAAUGCGCACGUACACAUACACACAAGCACACUUUAUCACGUACACACAUGUGCCCAGUCUAAAUCUCCAGUCCUCUCCAGACCUGCUGACAUGCAGACUUAUUGUGCCCAUAUAUAAUGUUUUAGACCAGUGGUUCCCAAACCUUUUACAGUCCCAUACGCCCUCAGACAUUAAACCUUCUGCUGCGUACCCUCUCUUGCUCUUCACACAUACACGUGUGAAUAUUGCCAUGACGCAUAUGUGAGAUAUUUAGCCUUGUAAAAUCAUUCCAGCUUAAAAUGAUUAUAAUGCAAUGACACAUCACACCAGAUAUACUGAAUAAUACUCAGUAAAAAAAAUGUUAGGCCUCUAAUGUAGACUUGGGCCCAAUCCCAUUUCACCUCUUGCCCCUGCCACUUAGCCCUUAGCCCUCUGUUUUGCACGUUCACAUUUAGGGGUAGGAUGUCCCGAUUUUUGUUGAGAUAGAGGGGUAGGGCGAAGUGUUAGGGCUACAUGACCCUUCAAACUGAGGUUUUUCAAAGACUCACUCCAAACAGAGUGCAAGAUGGUUGUGCAAGUAGAAUGCUGAUGUCUCGGUAGCUAGCUAGAUAAAUUUCCCGUUUCACCUUAAAUGGUACAGUAGUUACGCCUGAACAUAACUGCUGCUGCAUUUAAGGCGGAACGAGAAAAUUCAAACAAGAAGCUGGCGAAUAGCCGACUUUAGCUUCAUAUCACUGAAGAAUUAGGGGUGGGCGAUAGUAAAUAAUUGUCCCUCUUUGAAGGCAUACGAUUCCCUAAAUGUAACUAAA